AUGGAAACGUUUCUUCUCACUUUGCGAAAAAUGAAUUUUCUUGUUUUAGCUAGUAUGGCUUUCAACGAGCUUGAAAUCCUUGAGCCCAAGCAAACCAGUGUAUGGGUGGCAAACGGCAAAUCUCGGCGAGUCUCAUUUGUGUACAGCGAUGAAGAGGCUGACAAAUGGCUUUUGAGGGUAUUGAACAGCAAGGGAGACAUCGUCCACUCUUACCCUGCCGAUAUAUUGUUUCCGGAAAAGCGGAGGGAAAGAAUGAUUUAUGAGAAGCAUGUUAUCGUACCGGAGAAUUUAGGGGGUGGGGAACAUAAGAUAAGAGUCUGUGCACUGCUCAAGGACAAAAGGGAGUUAUGCAAGGAUACGGAACUGUUUUACAUCGAAGGAGGUCAGAAAACAGGUAAGCUGAACAGGGGGAGGUCACGCACCCGAGGUCCAACCUAGCUCUGAACUUUUACAUACUAAUUUCAUUGACGGAAAAAAGGACCUCCUUCGUAUACCUUCUAUUGAUCAAAGACAUCUCUUUCACAUGCCUAGUUUAGAUUUUUUCUUCCCUUUCUACUGCUGUCUUUAAAAUACGAAAAAAAAAAUCACGAAACUAGAACGACUUCUCGGCCUUUUCACAGACACAAGACAUUUGUUAGGUACUUUUGGGCCUUUUUUAUUACAGACCGAACAGAUAGAUUUCCCUACCUUUUUUUCCUUCAACUCGUGAAAAAAUCCCGACCCUUUCAUAUAACAGACACCUGAAAAAAGGUACCCCCUUGAGCCUUCCGGUGAAGGCCACUAUACAGAGAACCCCCGGGGGAGGGGGGGGGGUGGUUAAACAGUCCUGUCCUUCCUGAAAAAAUUAUCUCCUGGGGGGGGGGGGAAGGUUUGAAAAAGGGUUAGGGUUCUGACGUCAUUGUCUGAUUAAUCGUAAAAUUCUUCCAAAUUUGGUCAUCAGUUGCUGGUUGUGGUGAAUUAUGCGUGUGGUUUUAGCCACUGAGAAUCGGGGAAAUUAUUUGAAUGAAUAAUAAAACUGCAUUAAGUAGCCACAUGUAAGGGAAUCCGUGUCAUCCUUGGAUUCUGGAUUGCACGCAAUGGAUUCCGGAUUCAAGGUACUUGCAUGGAUCCUGGAUAUCGCUCUUUUAAGUAGCAAGUAUCUUUAGGGUACGCGGAGACUUUUAAAAAGCGAUUGAAAUGUUUCAUGGAAGUCCAGACGUCAAUCGAAAAAGAAUGCGCGCGCAUGUAGAGUGUCUUAAGAAUUAACAACCAUUUUUGCAUUUACAAAGGUGACAAAGAAAAUCUUCAGCCGCACGAGAAAAGAUUUCAAACAAGAGUUAGCAGUUUUGAGGAUUUUCUGAGAAACGUAGACCCAGAGGACACCUGGCCAAUACAUAGUACACACUGUACGAUACCAAAAAUUCACAAGCCAACUAAACAGGAAUUUACCGAGAAGUGCAUGAAACCAGGUGAGAAACAGGGGCAGAAAUUCCGUACUGAUGACGCGUCGCUACCCAGGGAACUGGGUAGUGCUUUCAAUUGGCUGAAGAUUUGCUUCAACCAAUCAGAAGCACUACCCAGAUCUGGGAAGUGACGCGUCAUCAGUACGGAAUUUCUGCACCCAUUCCUCAGACGUUUCUUAGACGUUUCGUGGAAAACCAAGAAAUGUCGGCUUUUUCUACAUCUGCCUAUUGGAUUUUCGAACUCUCGUCUAUGGCACUUAAAUAAUCAUAAUACCGUAUGUUACGCAGGUCAAGCAUGUAUUAUAACAGGCAUGAUGGAUGACUGGAAAGCAAUGAAGAAGUGGCCAUUUGAACAGUUUCAACACGACCCUCGAAUAGCAGACGGCGUUUUUGUCGGUCAGAGGUCGACACCAGUGCCUUUAACAAACUACGUGACAUACUUGAAAGAAAGGGCAGCCAAUGAGACUGCGCCGUGGGUCAUUUUUAUGUCGGACGUGUUUGAUUUGUAUCCCGAGCUGAGGAUGGUGAGUGGUGUAGUGAUGAACAUGAUUGUUGUGACAGCUGUGAAUUCAAGAAAUCAGGUUUAUUGUCCUUGCCAAAACUGAUCAGUAAGGAAAGCGCGGUUGCUUAGCCAAUACGGCCAUGUCACGUAUUUGACAGAAAUAACUAACGUUUCUAUAGACUGAGUGAAUUCUUAUUGUUUCACUAUGACGUCAUUAACUGUAUAUGGAUAGCAGAGCACGAAAUAUAAAAGUGAAAGAUUUUAAAACGGAGGUUGUCGAAAACGCUGUAGAAAGUGAGUUGUGGGUUUCGUAUUGGUGUGACCGGAUGAAAAAAAUCCAGGUAAUUCAAACACUGCCGUAAUAGCUCCUCAAGCAGAAUCGAACUCAAAGAAAUGUGGAUUAAAAAUAAAAUUGAGAGAAAGAAAAAUAACAGGUACCUUUUAAGCAAGCUCUCUAAGAAGUUACACACGCCCAAAAAUAGAAACGGAGGAACCGAGAACGAAUCAGCAGAUGGCUUUUGAAUCCCCAACUUUUUCUUCGCGAAUGUACGGCUUCCGUCUACACGUAUCCGGUGAAUCCUGCCGCAUACAACUCCGCUCUCCAGAAUGGAAUUUUUUGAAUGCGCUAAGAAUCCGGAAUCGUGUGGACGCUAGAUCCAGAUAUUUUUUUUAUCCAGUGAAGUAACAAGAUCCACCCCAGUUAUUUGCCGUGAAUAUUCAAGUUGGUGCCGAGCAAUAAGUUAUCUCUUCUCUACCUCUUGGACUUCAGUUUUAAGUCUUAUAACGCGCGUGUAAUUAACGCUAUUGUAGCUAUGAUCACUGUACACUUCAAUUAUGCCAAACGCUUGCUCGACGUGUACACUCUGACGCUUCUUUCCAUGUUGGACGCAAGUUAAAUGAGCGAACUAGUGCUUUGUUGGACGAUUUUGUCAGCGAAACAGUUAUUUAAAAAGUGGCGAGAAAAGUUCGCAUCGCUUUACAAAUCAGCUGACGAACUGAGAGUGAAUCUGGUUAUGUGUGGACGGGCAAAUUCGAUUUCAAUACGCUACGUGUGGACGAGAUUCCAAAAAUAACCGGGGCCAUAGAGAGUAUUGACGGCCGAAAAAGGUUUAAAAACCGUUGGCAUGGGGGUGUAACUCUCAACAUGUUUUGUUAUCCUACUGAACAGAGUCUUAACGUACUGAUUUGAAACUUAAUAGGAAUGGACUCAUAAACCCAUUAUUCGGUGUUUUAGUAGUAGAUACGGGUUAACAUUUUAUAGAUUCCUUGUAGUUUGCAAAAUAUCUGCGUACAUGUUCUACCAAAGCACCGAACAAAGGCCAUGUCUUACAAUAGGCCGAUUUAGCAACAGAACGGGAACGUCAGUUGACGACGGCACCCGCAAAUCAAACAGCUGGGUUGACCAAUGGCAGAGUGGCAAAUUGGGCACCGGAAGUCGAGUUUAGUCCUUUCCGCGCGCUUUCCCGUCGUCAAAUGACGUUCCAGUUCUGUUGCUAAAUCAGCUUAAUGUCCUGGUUGCCGUCGCUUGUUAGGCAGUUUGGCAUUUUGACAGUUACAAUUCGUUGUCAUUAUUGACAGGAUUAUACUGUACCGGAUUUCUUUUCUGAAUCUGAUGACUUCUUGACUGGUUUGGAUGACGAUUUACGCCUGGAUUGGCGCUGGAUUAUCAUGGCUGCCAAGCGUAGUGGCUCCGGGUGGCACGUGGACCCUGCUAAUACAACUGGAUGGUUGGCGCUCAUACAGGGGGCUAAAUUAUGGGGGAUGUACCCACCCUCUGUAUAUCAUAUUCCUGGUGAGUUUGUGAUGAUUGGUUCUUAUAUAAAACGUGCCUUGAGGUGCUCUUUUCGUUUAUUGAUCCCAGUUCAAACCAUUUAAGACCCUUUUUAAGUUAAAUUCGACAUCCGCCAAUGACAUCGCCACUCACAAAAAAAAAAUCUAAUUCAGGGAGACAUGUUAUACUGUAUGAUCAACUAUAUACUGAGCGAGGAGAGCUAGCAGCCCUUCAAAAGGGCUUUAAAAAAAACGCAAAAUAACGAGAGAAUGUUUCUCGUUUAGUCUGCUACCUAACUUUCACUUUCAAUAUUUUUAGUGUCCAAUGAAGUCGAAAUUCAUCACUGUUGUCAUGGUUUUUGUUUAGGUGUGAAGAACAACAACUAUAAGAAGAGAGAUUACGACAUGGAAGAUGCAUUCUAUUGGUGGAUCUAUACUCGGCCAUACUUGGUAUGAUCUUCAGCUAGAGAAGAUUUGUUUUUUCCCUUCGAAUUCAUUGCUGUUAGGUUAACACCUAUCUCACGUCGCUUUAUUAAAAAAGUUAAACCAAUUCAACAGACCCCGUUCCUCCACUCCCCAAGCGUUAAAAUCAGAUAACUUCAAAACCGUUCAAGCUAUGGCCUCUAAACCUAGCGAAUUUUACCAAAAUUUAUCUUGGAACAUUUAAAAGUCGUUUGACUUGAAAGUCACUAUUGAUGUUACUAUGGCAACCGAGUUUUAAUAUGUGCAAAUUAAAAAAAAAAAAUGUAAAAGUUUUACUUUUUUUUUUUAAAUAAAAUUCGGUUUUAUCUUUCUAUUUUUAUUUACUUUACCGAAUUCUUUUUGUACCGUCUAUAUUAGGUCAGUUUUAGUUUUAUCUUUGUCACUUGAUAAUGAUGUCAUGGCGACAUCGAAACGUUGUGUUAAACCUUUUAUGCUUAAUAUCUUUAUUCGUAAGUGAAUUCUUACAGCUGUAUGUAACACCUUAAGGAGCUCUGUCAUCAAAAUUCAAACAAUGGGAAAUGCUUCGUAUGAAUUGAAUAAAACAUUUAAAUAACUGCUCAAAACACGAAAUGAAGGUGCAGAACAAAUAACACAGGAAAUUCAAGAGAAGGCACGGAUGGUCAAACUUGAAGGAAGAUUGAAACGGACUGCAAUAGUGGUUUUUGAAAACUUGUUAGUCUAACAGUAUUUCAAAGUUCAUUUCAUAAUGCUGGGGAGACAUAUUUCAUUGACACGAAGCUGUCGCUUUGUCAUUUACAUUAAUCAGUUCAAGUUCCAUGGACGAGCAAUUGUCGCAAUUCGCAUUACAAAGUAAGAAAAUGAACUAGAGGGCCGUGACACAGACAAUUUAACUUAGCGUUAGCUUAUCCACUUUAUUAUUUUAUAAGCAAUGCGUUUACCAAUUUCUCUAUUGUACAUGUGUGUAUCUUGGUUUAGAAGAGUAACCUGCCUAUCGAGUGUGUUCAGAAACCAGGGGAUAUUGUGUUUAUCCCCAGUGGCUGGUGGCAUGCUGUCCUGAACCUUGACGACACUGUUAGUGUCACGCAAAACUUUUGUAAUAAAUACAGGUAAGUAUCGUCCUUGAUUUAAACAGCAUUACAGAAAGACUUGAACAGUGUAAUAUUUCUUCCCACCCAACCAUCCCUCCCCUCCCCCAACCCCUCCGUCCAACCCAAAGGAAUGUAUCUAUCAUUAAACUCAGAGGCCCUUCUCCAGACCUAGCUGAUUUUAUUGCCCUAGAAUAGACCUGUUUUCCCUUUCAUAAACGGUCGUUGCCAUUUAAUACAUUCUGUCGAUGCCACCAUUGAUAACCAAGCCUUUAAUUACCGUAGAUGUAAACGAGGUUUAAGCCCGAGUAAAAAUUACGUUAAGGGUUAAUAAGGUUAGAUGUCUCUGGAAAGACAGUUUAUGAGAACGUGUGUAAGCAUUUUUUCCGGAAUCAUGGCGAGUUCUGUUUUUAAGAGAGAUCCAAAGAUUAGUAUAGGAGAUCCUUGAGUCUGAUUCUGGGAGUCUUUCUAUUAGAAACGCUUUUAAUGAAAGGUUGAGAGUCAUAAGAAAGGAAAUCGACCGUUAACAAAAGGAAGAUCGACGAAAUUUCUCUGAAUCGUCCGCAGACCGAUACAUUUUCGACCGUAAGCCGAAGCUGUAAGAACAACUUUUGAACAAAACCUGAAACUGCGCAAGGUUUGAUUUUUUCUGGGGUGAAUCUCCAUUUUUGCUCUUCUGUUUUUAACAGCUUCCGGAAUUGCCUUNAGUCAUAAGAAAGGAAAUCGACCGUUAACAAAAGGAAGAUCGACGAAAUUUCUCUGAAUCGUCCGCAGACCGAUACAUUUUCGACCGUAAGCCGAAGCUGUAAGAACAACUUUUGAACAAAACCUGAAACUGCGCAAGGUUUGAUUUUUUCUGGGGCGAAUCUCCAUUUUUGCUCUUCUGUUUUUAACAGCUUCCGGAAUUGCCUUACGGAACUCAGAGAGCAAGCUGACAGUGAUGACGGCUUCAUCGGUCGAACAUUUGAACAACUCAGGGAACUUUAUUCUGAAGACUACCCAGAAUACUUUGAGGCAGAGGAUCUUGAGUUUGAGGCUCCCGUGAAAGGCCAUGGAUUAACAGAGGAAGAUGAAAAGGCGAAACGAAUUCAAGUAUUGAAGGACUUUUUUGCAGGAAAAAGCCAAAAUCUUAUUUGA